GGGAAAGAGACAGAGGGCGAGCGCCUCCCUCAGCCAUCUCCAAGGCGACGGGCCUCGCAACAAGAUGGCGGAGGAGAAAGACAACGCAGAAGCCGUGGUAGGAGAGAUCCAGAAGAAGAUCAAAGAUGCUUUUGAGGUUUUCGACCUCGAAACUAAUAACACUGUGGAUGUCAGGGAGAUUGGUACAAUUAUCCGGUCACUGGGGUGUUGCCCAAGUGAAGGAGAGCUGCAUGACCUAAUUGCCGAGGUAGAAGAAGACGAGCCAACUGGAUAUAUCCACUGGGAAAAAUUUCUUCCGAUGAUGACCAAAGUAUUGAUGGAAAAAAGAUAUAGGCCAAUUCCAGAAGACAUCCUUCUUCGUGCAUUUGAGGUCUUAGACCCGAGUAAACGAGGGCAUCUGACUAAAGAAGAGCUUGUCAAGUUCAUGACUGAAGAAGGCGAGCCUUUCACACAAGAGGAAAUGGAGGAGAUGCUGUCUGCUGCCGUGGACCCAGAUUCAAACAUCAUUAAUUACAAAGACUAUCUAGCGAUGAUGGUGGUAGAGGACAAUUAAAGCAUCACAAAAUAGAUUGGGCCACCUCUAAUGAAAACGGAAUCUUUUUUUAAAUUUUAACUUGCGGAUUUUUUACUUGAAUUUCUUUUUCUGGUUAGUGGGUAGCUACUCUCCAUAAAACUCGUAGAAGAUGUCAGCUAGGAUAAUCAAGAUGAUUCUAGCAAAUAAAGACAUGAGGCAA